AUGGUUGUAGUCAAGGGAAAAGUUCCUGCUAUUCCUCGCCUGGGUAUUAAACCAUAUUCUUGGGCGACAGAAUGUUUGAGAGGUGACGUCAGAGCGGGUAAUGCCACUUCAUAUCCGGAACCAAUUGGCCUUGGAGCCAUGUUCAGUGAAGAUUUGUUAUUUAAACUGGCAAGAGCUACAGGAUUGGAAGUUCGUGCUAAAAACAACAAUUAUACACAACAUAAUUCAUAUGGAGCAUUUAAAGGUUUGAGCUGUUUUAGCCCGGUCAUCAAUAUAAUGAGAGAUUCCAGAUGGGGUCGAAAUGAAGAAACGUAUGGUGAAGAUCCGUAUCUGAGUGGUGUUUACGCUGCAGGUUUUGUCCGUGGACUACAGGGAGAUAACUCUAGAUAUCUUCUAACCAAUGCCGGUUGUAAACAUUUUGAUGCAUAUGGUGGACCAGAAACUAUUCCUGUAUCACGAUUUAGCUUUGAUGCUCAGGUGAGUAUGAGAGAUUGGAGAACAACGUUUCUUCCAGCUUUUAGAUCGUGUGUUACAGCCGGUACUGAGAGCCUCAUGUGUAGUUAUAACAGUAUAAAUGGUAAACCGGCAUGUGCUAGUAAGGAAUUAUUGACAGAUAUAUUAAGAAUAGAAUGGGGUUUCAAAGGUUACGUUAUUAGUGAUGCUAACGCAGUUAUAAACAUAAAAACAGAGCACCAUUACACUAACACCAGUGUUGAUACUGUCGCCGCCUGCUUAAAUUCUGGGUGUAAUGUUGAAUUAUAUGGCGGACAAAAGUCCGCUGAAUUUUUCGCUAUGGUCGAUGCUGUAAAGGAGGGAAAAGUAACUGAAGAUCGAGUUCGGGAGAUGAUGAAGCCAAUGUGGCUGACCCGAAUGCGACUUGGAGAGUUCGACCCACCACAGUUAAACCCAUAUAAAACGUUGAACCUGUCUGUGAUUCAGAGUGAUGAACAUAGACAGUUGAGUUUAGAACUAGCUUUGAAGUCUUUUGUGUUGUUGAAAAAUGUGAACGGUGCUCUACCUUUACCUAAUAAAAUAUAUGAUAAUAUUGCGGUAGUGGGACCACUGGCAAAUAAUCCAUAUUCACAAUUUGGGGACUACACACCAACAAUUGAUCUACAUUACACCACCACACCCCUAGAGUUCAGUACGAUCGCGAAGAUCACCCAAUACGCCCCAGGUUGCAUUGGCGAUAAUCGUUGUCUCUCUUAUGAUAAAUCAGAAAUUGUAAAUGCCGUUAAAAAUGCAGAUAUUGUGUUGGUCUGUCUAGGAUUAGGUAAUGAGGUGGAAGACGAGGGUAAUGAUAGAGCAAACAUCAGUUUACCAGGAUAUCAGUUUCAAUUACAUCAAGAUGCUGUCUUCCACAGUCCUCCGAAUGCAAAAGUUAUUUUGAUAUUGUUUAAUGCUGGCCCGCUUGAUAUUAGAUGGGCUGCAAGUGAGGAUAAAAUUGUUGGUAUAGUAGAAGCCUUCUAUCCAGCUCAAGUCACAGGAGAAGCCCUGAAACUAGCUCUAGUGGAAAAUGAUGAGAAUAUUUCACCUUUUGGAAGACUUCCAUUUACAUGGCCCAUGAGUACUGAUCAGGUUUGUUAGUAUGUAGCUCUCCUCGUAUGAAAUAAUUAGUUACCUUAUGCAGUGCCACAAUUACAACUUAAUGCAAACAUCGGAAUCUGGAUUGGUUCCAA